AUGAGGCUGCGAGAAAGGACCAGGCAGUGGAAAGAGGCCUGGGCAGCACAGCGCGCACUGCGGGCCCAGGAGGAGCGGGGCAUGGCAGGGAGCCCAGGCAGCGUGCUGGCGCCCGUGGCCACGCCUGCGGUGGCUCCCACACAGGAGCGCGCACGUUGCCAUCAGCACCGACGCCCUGGUGGUCUGCCGUCCUGGCUCCUGCGUGACUCCUGGCACUGCACGGUGAGAGAGCCCGGGCCCUGGUCCCGGACACAGAGGUUUGCUUUGGCUCACGGUUUUGUGGUGAAGCAUGACCUGCAUGACCUUCGUGAUGAGCUUCCUGAGGAGCAGACGCCAUCCUCACCUGAGGGCCGAGUGGCCUCGGCGGGCAGCGGGCGCUGGGCUAGGUCUAGGCCUGCGUCCCAGCGCCUUGCGGGUGCCCUGAGACAUCGGAGCGACGUGUCCUUGUCCCCCGUGGGCAGCCAGCGCGUGCGGCCGCGACCCCGCAGGUACCUGGGGGCGGGGGUCCGGGAGGGGGGAGGGUCCCCACGGGGCGGACCUGCGGGUGCCGCGCAGCCACUGCCGACCUCUGACCUGCGACGUCCGCCCCAGCCCACGGCGGCUCGUGGGCCCUGCGCGGGUCACGUCCAGGACCCGAGUGUACCCCGGGGCAGGGGCAGCGGGCCCCCCGUCCCAGCCAUGAAGACCAAGAGCCGAGCCACCGGGCGCCGGGGGUCCCCGCAGGGCGCAGAGGCCGCCGGCGCCGGGGAGCGGGCCGCCGAGCGGCAACAGAGGCCCGGGCCGGGCGGCCGGCGCGAGAGCAGCGUGCAGCGGCGCCUGGAGAGCAACGAGCGGGAGCGGCAGCGCAUGCACAAACUCAACAACGCCUUCCAGGCGCUGCGCGAGGUCAUCCCGCACGUGCGCGCCGACAAGAAGCUCUCCAAGAUCGAGACGCUGACGCUGGCCAAGAACUACAUCAAGUCGCUGACGGCCGCCAUCCUGACCAUGUCGAGCGGCCGCCUGCCGGGCCUCGAGGGGCCCGGCCCCAAGCUCUACCAGCACUACCAGCAGGGCGCCAGCGAGUCCCCGCCCGAGGGCCACCUGCAGCGCUACUCCACGCAGAUCCACAGCUUCCGAGAGGGCACCUAG